AUCAAUAUAUAUAAAGGUGUAAAUACACAAAAGAGUUGCAAAUAUAUCUUUUAUUUCUCUUUUGGUAAUUGAUCUUAGCAGUUCCAAAUAUGGUUGAAAGUAUUGUUACAAUUAGUGAUAUUACAAACAAAGAUAAUGAAAAUGAUAAUUAUAAGUAUGAAUUAGAUGCAACUAAUUCAACUAGAAUCCUUCCAGUUUCAGUCACUCCUACACAACAAAACACUUCAAAUUCUUGGUGUUGUUUUUGUAGGUACAAGAAUGGGGAAGAUGAUGAAAGAUCAAGAAUGAGAAUGUCUCCUAAAUUUCUUCAUUGGAUAGGCUAUGAAGAAAUCUUCUCAACACAGGUAUGGAGAGCAUCAGUAGCCGAACUCUUGAGCACAGCAAUCUUGGUAUUUAUGUUCGACAACAUUUUCAUAUCCUCCAAGAUCCACAAUGAGACACCAAACAUUUUGCUAGCUUGUUUUGUAGCUAUCAUUGUCGCACUUCUUCGCCUAGCAACCCACCCUGUUUCAGGUGGCCACAUAAACCCAACAAUUACCAUAUCCGCUACUUUAAUGGGCCUCAUCUCAUUAUCUCGCGCCAUGAUCUACUUAAUAGCCCAAUGCAUCGGAUCCAUUCUAGGUGCUUGGGCCCUUCAAGCAAUGGUAACCGGUUCCAUUACCAACUCCACGUACUUAUUAGGGGGAUGCACACUUGCAAUCGUCACACCAGGCCCAAAUGGGCACACCACAUUCGGGAUCGAAACAGCCCAAGGGCUUUGGGCUGAGAUUAUUUACACAUUUAUUUUUCUAUUCUCGGUGUGGAUGGCCUUUGAUCAGAAGCGAGCAAGGGCCUUGGGUCAACUCUUGAUGUGCACAAUAACUGGUGUUGUUGUUGGGCUUACUAUGUAUUUGUCAACCACAGUAACAACAAAGAAAGGAUACACUGGAGCAAUAAUUAAUCCAGCAAGGUGUAUUGGGCCUGCAAUUGUGAGAGGUGGUCAUCUUUGGAAUGAUCAUUGGGUAUUUUGGGUUGGGCCUAUUAUAGCUUGCAUUCUGUUUUAUCUUUAUAGUAUGGUUCUUCCUAUAGAGCAUUUCAAAGCAAGGAUGAGUAAAGACUAAUUAAGCCUUAGCAUUUGCGAUUUCAAUACACAAUAUAUUAUUAUUAUUAUUAUUAUUAUUAUAUAUAUAUAUAUAUAUAUA